AUGAACUUUUUAGUUAAUGCUCUCGAACGUCGUGUUGGUUUCGAUAUAAAUGGCGAUGGUUAUCUUGGAGGAGGAGGAUUUUUGAGAAGAUUGAAACAUGCAUUGCGCUUUAUUGCUAAGCAUCACAACAUUAUCGGUCAUUAUUUGGAUAACUAUUAUGGUUAUUAUUCACCUUAUAAUAUCGACUACAAUAGUUUUCCACCAAUGAGCUAUGGCGGUUAUCCUUCAACGGAUUUCGGUCAUGGCUCGCAUUUUGGAUAUUAA